AUGAAUGCGUUUUUUGAUGGAUAUGUAAAUCCAAAAACUACAUUGAAGCAAUUCGUUGAACAAUAUGACAUUGCCUUGAGAAAUAAGGUAGAGAAAGAGAAGAAAGCAGACUUCAAGUCUCGACACAAAUUGUUUGGUUGUCUAACUAUAUAUGGUUUUGAGAAGCAAUUUCAGCAAGCCUACACCAAUGCGAAAUUCAAAGAAGUUCAAGGAGAUUUGAAGAGAUUAGUUUACUAUCAGGCGGUGAUUGUGAAAGAGGAGGGAUCAAUUUCUACAUAUAAUGUCCAAGAAGCGAUGGUAGUUUGUGAGAAGAUGAAGCAUGUGGACUUUGUUGUCUAUUUUAAUUCAACUGAAUGUGAAGUUCAAUGCAUGUGUCGGUUUUUUGAGUUUAGAGACAUUAUGUGUGCUCACUCACUCGCUGUGCUUGUCAGAAGAUGCAUAAAUGAGGUGCCAAGUAAAUAUAUUUUGCCCCGAUGGAGAAAAGAUGUAGAUAGAGAAUACGCAUGCAUCAAAACCACAUACACCGGCUUUGGAAAUGAUUUCAAUGUAAGUACCUAUGAGAGGAUGAACAAAAAAUUGAUUGUCAUUGUACAACUUGCUGGUAACUCUGAAGGCAAAACUAGAAUUAUAGACCUUGGGCUGGAUGAAAUCAAGGAGAGAGUCAUGAAAGAAGAAUCCGGUGAUAGGAGUAAUUUACCAUGUUCCACAAAAGUCCGAUUCACACCGGUUCUACACAAGGAGGCUACCAAGUUGCUUCGAUUUGAAGCUCAAGCUCAAGCUCAAGCUAAAGCUAAAGCUAACGCUACUGCAUAUACACCGUAUUAUCCUUAUAUGGUUGGCACACAAAAUAGUAUGUAUGUACCGGUGACCCAUGGUAUUGGAGGCACGUCUCUUACUCUAUCGGACUUCAUAAGUGGCACACAGGGAAGUUCGAUGAGUGCUGCAACUCAAAUUUAUGGUUCUGCAUCUCUAACCCCAUCAGCUUCUCAUGCAUGCACACCAGGAAGCUUGGAUAUUACAGACUUGUUUGACUAG